AUGUUUUCCAAACUGACUACUGUAUUCCUCCUUCUGGCUGCUGUGGCCGCGAUUGGCAGUGCUACUCCGGACAGUUAUGCAGCUUAUAGGCCGCUGCCAGGCGGUUCGACGGUAGACCCACCCGGGACCAUCGGAACUGGAUACGUCAUUUCCACAACGCCCACGUCCGCGCCUACUACCACGGGGCCAACUUCCGGCGCAACCACCGUUCUCAGCGGCUUGCUCACUGCCGCAGUGGCCGGAAGACUGCUAAUC